UGGUUGAGUGAGUCUUGCCUUUCAUAUCCUGGCAUCAGCAUCUGGAGCGCGCGUCGGCUAUCAGACGGGCGCGGCGGCAUUGAUAUGCAACCACUGGGCAUCAUUUGGGACACAGUACUGAUGAACAUACAGGUUCGCGUCCGGUGUCACCGGCAUGUGCAUGAACCUCGAGGCCGGCCAGGUCGGUGUCGUGCUCUUCGGUUCCGACAGAUUGGUCCGUGAGGGUGAGAGCGUCAAGCGUACCGGAAAGAUCGUUGACAUUCCCGUCGGCCCCGAGCUUUUGGGACGUGUCGUCGAUGCCCUCGGUAACCCCAUCGAUGGCAAGGGCCCGCUCAACACCAAGGAGACCCGCCGUGCUCAGAUGAAGGCCCCGGGUAUUCUCCCUCGUCAAUCCGUCCGUCAGCCCGUGCAGACUGGUCUCAAGUCCAUCGACGCCAUGGUGCCCAUCGGACGUGGUCAGCGUGAGCUGAUCAUUGGUGACCGUCAAACCGGAAAGACCGCCGUCGCUUUGGACGCCAUGCUGAACCAGAAGCGUGUCAACAACGGAACUGAUGAGUCGAAGAAGCUCUACUGUGUCUACGUUGCCGUUGGUCAGAAGCGUUCCACUGUCGCCCAGCUUGUCCAGACCCUCGAAGAGAACGACGCCAUGAAGUACUCCAUCGUCGUCGCCGCCACCGCUUCCGAGGCCGCUCCUCUGCAAUACCUUGCUCCCUUCGCUGGUACUGCCAUGGGCGAGUGGUUCCGUGACAACGGCAAGCACGCUGUCAUCAUCUACGAUGACUUGUCCAAGCAGGCCGUCGCUUACCGUCAAAUGUCGCUUCUCCUCCGUCGUCCUCCUGGACGUGAGGCUUACCCCGGAGACGUUUUCUACCUCCACUCUCGUCUCCUCGAGCGUGCUGCCAAGAUGAACGACAAGCUUGGUGGUGGUUCGCUCACUGCCCUUCCCGUCAUUGAGACCCAGGGUGGUGAUGUGUCCGCUUACAUUCCCACCAACGUUAUUUCCAUCACCGACGGUCAGAUCUUCUUGGAGUCAGAGCUUUUCUACAAGGGUAUUCGCCCGGCCAUCAACGUCGGUCUUUCCGUGUCCCGUGUCGGUUCCGCUGCCCAGCUCAAGUCGAUGAAGCAAGUCGCCGGUUCGCUCAAGCUCUUCUUGGCCCAGUACCGUGAAGUCGCUGCCUUCGCCCAGUUCGGUUCCGAUCUCGAUGCCUCGACCAAGCAGACCCUCAGCCGUGGUGAGCGCCUUACCGAGCUUCUCAAGCAGAAGCAGUACACUCCCAUGGCCGUCAACGAGAUGGUCCCCAUCAUCUUCGCUGGUGUCAACGGUUACCUCGACAAGGUCCCCGUCGCCAAGGUUACCCAGUGGGAGGCUGACUUCCUCAGCCACCUCAAGAGCAACGAGAGCGGUCUGUUGGAUUCGAUCGAGAAGGAGGGUGCGCUCAGCAAGGAGCUCGAGCAGAAGCUUCGGGACGUCGUGCAGAGCUUCACCAAGAGCUUCACCUCGUAGACGCGCCUUUCUGUGAGGUUGUUUUGCGCAAAAAUAUGUCAUUAGCAGGUACCUGGGGUCCGUGUAUAAUACAAAAGACAAGUGAGCUCCCCGCGACGAAAAGACUUCGUCCUCUGCAAGCAAACUUGUCGAGGGAGAGAACUUGAAAAGGGAGAGGUAGCGGCAUUGUAGAUACGCGAGAACUGUUUCCUUUGUGAUCAAGCAUAUUUUUCUUCCCCAGGUGAUAUCAACACUAUCCGUCUGCUUCACCGACGUCGUGUCAGACGUUGAUUUCGCCAUUCGACUCCAUCUGGAGUA